AUGCCGGCGGAAGAAAAACCUACCCCCGCAUCCGCCGUGGUAGCGGUGGAGGACCGCGAUGCGCUCAAGCUCGAGACAGCGCUGGGCCACAAGCAGCAGAUGCAGCGCAGCUUUGGGCUGCUGUCGUUGACGAGUCUGGGGAUUGUUGUUGCGAAUGCAUGGAGUUUGACUGGUGGUACCAUCGUCAUCGCAAUCUUCAACGGCGGGCCCAUGGCCGUGCUAUACGGGCUCAUCCUAGUAACCUUCUUCUACACGCUCAUCUCCCUCUCCCUCUCAGAGCUAAUCUCGUCCAUCCCCUCCUCCGGCGGAGUCUACCACAUCGCCACAACCACCGGCGGUCCCCGCUACGGCCGCAUCCUCGGCUUCUACACCGGCCUACUCAACCUCAGCGGGUGGCUGCUCUCGGCGUCCUCCAUCUCCUCCACGCUCGGCAACGAGCUCGUCGCACUCUGGGGUCUCACACACCCCGCCGCGGAGUGGAAGGCGUGGAACGUGUUUGUGGCCUUCCAGCUGGUGAAUUGGAGCUGCUGUGCCAUCGUUGUGACGUGCCAUAAGAGGCUGCCAGCGAUCAAUACGGCAGCCCUGUGGCUAUCCAUGGGCGGCCUGGUGGUGACGGUUGUGACCCUGAUCGUGAUGCCGAGGGGACGGUAUGCGAGUAGCGACAGCGUGUGGAAGACCUAUGAGGACCGCACGGGCUGGAAUAACGACGGCAUCUGCUUCAUACUCGGUCUUAUCAACGCCGCCUUCGCAGUCGGCACACCCGACUCCCUCUCGCACCUUUCCGAAGAGAUCCCGAAUCCCGAGCGUCUCGUGCCCCGCGGUAUCCUACUGCAACUGGCAACCUCGUUCACCACAGCAUUCAUAUACCUCGUGGCGCUGUUCUACAGCAUCAACGACCUCGAGGCCGUCCUAGGGUCCACCAGUCGCUUCCCCACGGCCGAGAUCUACAGACAGGCAACAGGCAGCACCGCCGGCGCAGUGGGUCUGACAGUAGUGUUAUUCGUCGCCACCUUCCCCACGCUCAUCGGCACCCUCAUCACCGGCGGGCGCACGCUCUGGUCCCUCGCGCGCGACGGCGCCGUCCCCGGCGGCUCCUUCUUCGCCGCCGUCAGCCCCCGCUUCGGCGGCCCUGUGCGCGCCACAAUCGCAGUGAGUGCCUGCGCCAGCGUGCUGAGCAUCGUCUACGUCUUCAGCACGACCGCCUUCAGCGCGCUGAUCACGAGCUACGUUGUGCUGAGCUCGCUCAGCUACGCAGGCGCCAUCGGGGGCCACGUCGCGACUGGUCGGAAGGCGGUUGUGCCCGGGCCGUUCUGGCUCGGCAGGUGGGGAUGGGCCGUGAAUGUGGGGAGUCUGGCGUGGAUUGCCGUCAUGGUUGUGUUUUUCUGCUGGCCGUUUGUGAAGCCGGUGACGAAGACGAAUAUGAACUGGACAAGUGUGAUUGUGGCCGGGUUGGCGGUCGCGAUUACAGGCUGGUGGUGGGGGGCCGCGAGGGGCGCGUAUAAGGGACCUAGGUACUUUAGGGAGGCGGCGGAGAAGUUGAAGGAUGGGACGGAGGAAUGA